AUGUCUAUUCGCUUGCGUGACCUGAUCAAGGCGGUUCGCGCCUGCAAGACCGCAGCUGAAGAGCGCGAGGUCAUUGCGAAGGAGAGCGCUGCACUUCGCGAGGCAUUUAGGGAACAAGACCAGUCAUAUAGGCACCGAAAUGUUGCUAAGCUUAUGUACAUUCACAUGCUGGGCUACCCCACGCACUUCGGCCAAAUGGAGACGCUUAAGCUCAUCGCAGGGUCGGGCUUUCCAGAGAAGCGUAUGGGAUACCUGGGGCUAAUGAUCUUGCUCGACGAGCGACAGGAGGUGCUUAUGUUGGUGACGAAUUCUUUAAAAAUGGACCUGAACAACACGAAAAAUAUGUACAUUGUCGGUUUGGCUCUGACGGGGGAUGUGUUGACAUGCGGUCAUAUCUCCGCAGAAAUGGCCAGGGAUCUGGCGCCAGACGUGGAGAAGCUCAUGGACUGCCCUGCACCGUAUAUCCGAAAGAAGGCUGCCCUCUGUGCGCUCAGGGUUAUCAAAAAGGUUCCGGAGCUUCUCGAGCAGUUUGUGGACAAGACCGCGGAGCUUCUCAAUGAUCGCAACCAGGCGGUGGUGCUCAGCGGAGUAACACUCAUGCUGCAGAUUUUGGAGCUGGAUCCCUCCGUGGUGGACAAGUACCGCCCCACGGUGCCGUCCUUGUGUCGCAUCCUGCGCAGCUUGCUGCAGGCAGGGGUGUCUCCGGAGCAUGACAUCGGGGGCAUCACCAAUCCCUUCCUGCAGGUGAAGCUGCUGCGGCUGUUGCGGCUGCUGGGUCGGGGCCACGCGGAGUCGAGUGACGCAAUGAGCGACAUCCUGGCGCAGGUUGCCUCCAAUAUUGAGGGCAGUCGCAACGCCGGUAACGCUAUCCUCUAUGAGUGCGUCCAAACCAUCAUGGGCAUUGAGUCCAUUGGCGGCCUGCGUGUGUUAGCCAUCAACAUCCUGGGUCGCUUCCUGUCCAACAAGGACAACAACAUCCGAUACGUGGCGCUGAACACGCUUGCCAAAGUGGUAUCGGUGGAUACGCAGGCCGUCCAGCGGCACCGCGCCACCAUCGUGGAGUGCGUCAAGGACGCGGACGUGUCUAUCCGCCGUCGGGCCCUGGAGCUGGUGUACUCGCUGGUGAACGAGGCCAACAUCCGGACCCUGACGAGGGAGCUGCUGGACUACCUGGCGGUCAGCGAUGCCGAGUUCAAGCCCGACCUGACCGCCAAGAUAUGCAUGCUCAUUCAGAGGUUCGCUCCCGACCGGCGGUGGUACUUCGACCAGCUGAUUGCGGUGAUGAUGCAGGCCGGCGCAUAUGUCAAGGACGAGGUGGCCCGCGCCAUGCUCGUCCACCUGACCAACACACCAGACCUGCAGGCCUAUGCCACACGGGCCUUUUAUCGGGCUCUGGUCGCCAACGUGGAUGGAGCGGCUCCGACGCUGCUUCACACGGCGGUGUGGGUGAUUGGCGAGUACGGGGAGAUGCUGCUGCCCUCCAUGGGUGGUCCCCUUCUGGAGGGGGAGCCGCAGUUGGCGGUCAGCGACACGGAGGUGGUGUCUCUGUUGGAAACAGUCGUCCGGCGGCACCGCUCCGAGCCGGCUGCAGUGGAGCACGCGCUGACUGCCGCCAUGAAGCUCACUGCGCGGCUGCCCGCACAGGUCGGCCGCCUGAAGACCCUCAUCGCCCGCUUCACCACCUGCACACAGCUGGAUGUGCAGACCAGGCGAGUGGGGCCCGGGAGCUGGUCAUGCGAGUACGGCAAGGUUUUCUCCCACGAGCGCAUCCGGCCGCAGCUGUUGGAGCGUAUGCCGGCUCUGGACGAGGCGGAGUACCUGCGAUCCAACAACCUAGAAGGUCCGGCGUCGGCGCCCGGAUCCGCCUCCGUGUCGUCGGGCGGCGCGCGCCGGACGAACGGCGUCAGCACCGGCGGCAGUGCCACCGCCGCAACCGGGGCGGCUCCGGCUGCCAAGCCGGCAGCGACUGGGACUGAUCUUCUCGGCGGCCUGGACGUGCUGGGUGAGAGCCCCGUGGGGAUGGUGAAUGCUGGCGCCGCUGCGAGUCCCAGUAUCGUCGCGUGGCAGCAGCACGGCCUGGUCAUCACCUUCUCUCUGGCCAAGCACGCCACCAAUCCUGCCAUUACGGAGAUUUUGGCGAUGACCACCAACAACAACUUGACGGAGGUCACAGACUACACAUUGCAGGUUGCGGUGCCCAAGUUCAUGCAAAUUAAGUUGGAGCCUGCAUCAGGUACGGUGCUGCCACCGCGCGGCGGCGGCGGAGUGAGCCAGAAGAUCUAUGUCAACAACAGCCAGCACGGCGUCAAGCAGCUGGUUAUGCGGCUGCGUAUCACCUUCACCAGCGCAGGCGGCCAUGCGCACGAGGAGCUUGCCGAGGUGGCCAACUUCCCGCCGGGCUUCUAA